UGACGCGCGGCCUGCGUGAGAGAAGUCGCCGGGGCUGGGCGCGCGCGCCACAGACUAUGGGGCGCUGAACGCUGUCCGGACAGAGUGGGAGGUGCCACCAUCGGGGAGCGGCCGCGUGCACAGGGGCUGGCAGUUAACUGGGCAAUGUGACUGUUCAUGCCCCGGCCCCUGGUGAUACUGCAACAGACAAGAAAUUAACACCCCCUACUCCGAGCCCCCCUCUCCCUCCAGUGCCGUCUGUAAUGUACAGCCAGCCCCUGAGACGGUGUCUAGCGUGUUCCCCAUCAGCAGCCCCAGCUUGAGUCUUCGUUUUCUGGGUCUGCAGCCAGAUAACCCCUGAGACUUACUUGAAAAGCCCGAGUCGCUGGGGCCUAAAUGCCCUACUGGAGCCCCUUGGGAAACAGAACCAAGCUGUCAGGCCCGGGCCAGCUGUUACUUUAUCAUGGUUAGAAACAUGGUAACUUGGAAAGAACUGUGCAUUCCCUAUCCCGAGAGAGGUGCUGCCUGGAGGAACUCCCAGCGCUGUCAAUGAGUGCUUCAGACUUAGGGUGAUGGCCUCAGUCUGUCUCUUUGCUCUCUAACAAAUGAACUCUGCCUGGUAGAUGCUGAACUUUCAUAUCUUUUAGGCAGUAUAGCUAUGAAGUGUGGUUUGUGCAGCAGUAGUUGAAGUGAGCUGUAGCUCGCAAAAGCUUAUGCUCAAAUAAAUUUGUUAGUCUCUAAGGUGCCACAAGUACUCCUUUUCUUUUUGAAGUAUAGUGGUAUCUUUUGUGGGGUAGCGGUUUCAAUUUAUCUGUGGAUGGAAUAUUGGUUUUGAGAUAACGUGUGCCAGACUCAGAAGUGAUGUACAUGGGGGGUGAAUCAUGUUUGUAAAUGGGCAUCAGCUGCUUUAUGAGAGUGUAAAUUACAUUUCAGUACUGCUACCUCUUGUGAUUUUAUUGCAAGUUUUUCAAUAUUUGGUGUUUUUCUUAAAUAUCCCACCUAUUGGAGUCAACUGAUUACAUGAUACUCUCAGCUUUUAUUUAAAAAAUUAAGUAUUUAGCUCUAAUGGUUGCAGAGAAAUGCUUGAAAAAGUGAACUAACUGCACCCUUAACAGCUCAGAACCCAGAAGGCAAAUAACUCCACCCCCCCAAAUUCUCUAUUUUUUAAAAUUCUCAUGAUUUUUAAGCCAAUCUUAUUUUGAUUUGUUGAGCCCAAUUCAUGAUUUUGAAUGCUUGGGGUAAGCAAUACUGUACACUCAGUCAGUGAAAUGACAGCAUCACUGAAGCAAGAAAAGCCACUAAUGUAAGUGUGUAAAAGGAGGCCUGCUUCAUCUUAUUGGCUUUCAUCUUUACACACUUGUGAUAGAAUGUACCUGCUGUGACCACACCCCACAUGCUACUGUAAUAAUCUUUGUACAAAGUAUGCCUUGUGAGAUAUUUUAAAACUCAUAAUUUUCUGUUCAUUAUUGUCCUGAUAAAAUGUGUGUGACAAUGUCUUAUGUGAAGUUAUAAUAUUCCACUUUAUGAUAUUAUUAACACAUAUUCCAAAGUGAGGUUAGCAGACAGGUCUGCCUCAAAGGAAUGUGUGUUCUGCUUAAUUAGCAUUUAAGCAGUAAACAGAGUUAUCAAGCAGGUCGGGAAACACAGGAUGCUCAAACAGGUGAGGAAAAAGCAGCAGGGAAUAUCCUUCCAUAUAGACUCUUUUGUCUCCCGAAUGUCAUCUGGAGAUGCAUUCAUAGCACCUGAAGGACAAAGGAAUCAGUGCUGAACUGGCAGAGGGAUCCUGACCUAAGAAGUUUGGUGAGUAAGACUGCUGAAAGUAUAUGGUGAGAAACUACUUUGCUUGAUUCUGAUAUAGUUUAAGUUAAGCACCAUCAGAGUUAUAACUUUGACUUAUGCCUCAUUACUUGUACUUACUUAAAAUCUCCCUUUGUAGUGAAUAAACUUAGUUUAUUGUUUUAUCUAGUCCAAUGUGUUUAAACUGAAGUGUCUGGGAAACUCCAUUUGGAGUGGCAUGUUCUGUGCAAAUUAUUUCUUUUAAAGCAAUAACAGACUUUAUAUAAACUUGUAUUGUCCAGGAGAGGGGUGGGUAUCACAGGACAUACAUUUCUGGGGGAAAAUCAAAUACUGGGGGUGGGUUGGGGUCACCUGCAGUAUAACCGAGGUUGGUAAGAGCCCAGGUGUGGCUAGCUGCAGCACACACACAGACAUAGCUUGGAAUGACAUUCAUGCUGGAGGCUACAGCAGCAAAGCAUUGUAAAGGGCACUCCAAGUUAGAGGGCAGGAGUGACACAGCAACUCAUUAGUCUGGAUUGUACCCUGAUAUGUUGCUUUCCCAUUGCAUCUUUGUUCUCUUGGAUAAAUUACACCAAUGUUGCUUAUGAUGUUUUAUGAAUAUGCAAUUUAUACUGCCACUUACGUCCCCUCUGAAUCUGACCCUGUGUAGUUAGUUUGUUCUCCUUUUGUUUGAUCUGUAUAUGAAAACUGCAGCAAACCUAAACAUUUACGUGAAGUGGAAAUGAUGCCAUGGAAGAAGUGUUUUUGUUUGGGUGUUAGACAUUUCAACAGUUUUUGUGUCUCUUAUUGUUCUCUCUGUUUAUUAUUGUAUGUCUGUCUGUCUCUCUUUCUUAUCCUACCUUAGAAAAUGACUUGAGUCAGAUAAUUGCAGUAUGUUGUGGGCAGUUAGAAUGAAUGCAAAUUUUCAGUAUCUUCCUCUUAUGUGAUUGGGUAAAAGAAGACAGGGUUUCGGAAUUGUGUGGAUGCUUGUUGUGAUCUACACUGCAGGAUCCCUGUGAAUGUAAGAAGAAAUUGUUUAAACAUCUACAGACCAAAUUCUGCCUCAGCAGUUGUAUGCUUGUUUGAUUGGAUUUCAACUAAGGAAUCUCCCGCUGUUUGUCAUUCACUAGAAGAAAGAAAAAGAGAUGUUUUCUCGCUGGAGUCUGGAUUUGAAGUUUUUCUGUUGGAUCAGUAGUGCCUGAUGUGGCAAGUAGAGGUGUCUCAACUGGGAGUCCCCAUCAUAUCUCCUCUAAAUGCUCAUUAAAGUUUCUGGAUUGACGUUCUCCGUAUUGAAGCCUGCGUUAAAGGACUCUGAAAUAAGAACAGUGACUGGCUUUUCGCAGACUGAUGGCUGAUCGAGUGCUUGUGAUUGGCAGUGGAGGCAGAGAGCAUGCUCUGGCCUGGAAAUUGGCACAAUCUCCACAUGUAAAACAAGUGCUAGUCGCUCCAGGAAAUGCAGGAACAGCCAAUAAUGGAAAGAUUUCAAAUUCAGCAGUGUUAGUCAGCAAUCAUACUAUCCUUGCCCAGUUCUGCAAAGACCAUAACAUUGGACUUGUGGUAGUUGGACCAGAGACACUCUUGGGAGCCGGAAUUGUGGAUGACUUGAUGUCAGCUGGAGUUAGAUGUUUUGGUCCCUCAGCCAAGGCAGCUCAGCUAGAGACCAAUACAAGCUUUGCCAAAGCCUUUCUGGAUUGUCAUAGGAUCCCAACAGCAAGAUGGAAAGCAUUUGCCAAUCCUCAAGAAGCUUGUAGCUUUAUUACCAGCACAGACUUUCCUGCGCUGGUUAUAAAGGCUAGUGGCCAAGCUGCUAGAAAAGAAAUAAUUAUUGCAGCCAGCAAAGAGGAAGCCUGCAGAGCUGUGCAAGAGAUUUUGCAGGAUAGAGUGUUUGGAGAGGCUGGAGAGACGGUUGUCAUUGAAGAACUUCUUGAAGGGGAAGAGCUAUCUUGCUUGUGCUUCACUGAUGGUGUCACUGUUGCCCCCAUGCCACUAGUCCAGGCCCACAAACGGUUAAUAGAUGGAGACAAGGGCCCAAACACUGCCGGGAUGGGAGCUUAUUGCCCAGCACCACAGGUUCCUGAAGCUCUUCUAGAGAAAAUUAAAGACUCUAUCCUGCAACACGUUGUUGAUGGUAUGAGACAACAGGGAACAACAUAUGUAGGUGUGCUGCAAACAGGAUUAAUGCGUACUAAAGAUGAUGUGAAAAUUUUAAACUUUAACUGCCACUUUGGUGACCCGCAGUGCCAGGUAAUUCUUCCACUGCUUAAAAACGACUUUUAUGAAGUGAUUCAAGCAACAAUUGAUGGCAAACUCUGCAGCUGCAUGCCAGCUUGGUCAGAAAACCGUACUGCUGUGUCUGUGGUUAUGGCAAGUGAAGGGUACCCAGGAGACUAUGCCAAAGGCCUGGAGGUAACAGGACUUCGACAAGCGAGAGAGCUAGGGGUGGAGGUGUUCCAUGCAGGCACGGCCAUGCAGGGUGAUAAAGUGGUGACUGAUGGUGGCAGAGUCCUUACGGUAACGGCUAUCAAGGAGGAUCUGAUGUCAGCACUGGAAGAAGCCAACAAAGGAGUAGCAGCCAUAUGGUUCAAGGGUGCCAUUUUCAGAAAGGACAUUGGUUAUCGGGCUAUAGCUUUCCUCCAGCGGUCUGUAGGCCUGGUACAUGGUGAUGUAAGUGUAUACACUCUAACCAGCAGUGCUUUGGUUAAUCAGUCUGAACCACCAACUGUAACUGGUAGUAGAUCAGGCAGCCAUGCAGAUCUGGGAGGCUCUACUGAUCUCUUUGACUUGAAAGCAACUGGUUAUGAUGAUCCUAUCUUGGUAUCUCGAACUAAAGGCAUUGGAACUAAACUGCAGAUUGCACAGAUGUGUAAGAAACAUGACACCCUUGGCCAGGACUUGGUUGCCAUGUGUGUCAAUGACAUCCUGGCUCAGGGAGCAGAGCCCCUCUUCUUCCUCAGCUAUUUUGCCUGUGGGAAACUUGACACUGAAGUGGCUCAAGCAGUUAUAGCGGGAACAGCUGAAGCUUGUAAGAAGGCAGGAUGCGCUCUCUUGGGAAGAGAGACUGCUGAAUUGCCUGGCAUAUAUUCACCUCGAGAGUACGACCUCGCUGGCUUUGCAGUUGGUGCAGUGGAACGAGGCCAAAUGUUCCUGCAGCUGGAGAGAGUUGCUGAGGGGGAUGUCGUCAUUGGACUAGCUUCUUCUGGGAUUCACAGCCAUGGCUUUAGCCUUGUAAGGAAGAUUCUCUUAAUGUCUUCCCUGCACUACUCAUCUCCAGUACCUGGUGGAUGUGGUGACCAGCCGUUAGGAGAACUAUUACUAACUCCGACCAAAAUCUACAGCAAGGCUCUGUUGCCCGUCCUUCGUUCAGGGCACGUGAAGGCCUUUGCCCCUAUCGCUGGUGGGGGGUUACUGGAAAGCAUCCCCAGAAUCCUACCUGAAUCAUUUAGUGUAUUUUUGGAUGCUUAUAGUUGGCGGAUACCUGAAAUCUUCUCCUGGCUCCAAACAGAGGGGAACCUUUCAGAAGAGGAGAUGGCCCGAACGUUUAAUUGCGGGAUCGGUGCUGUCUUGAUGGCAGACAAGGAGAUGGCUCAGCAAGUUCUGAAGGAUGUACAGAGGCAUGAGGAAGCCUGGCUGAUUGGAAAUGUAGUCCCAAGCCACACAGGAUCUUCUCAUGUCAAAGUCAAGAAUCUCCUUAAAGCCUUGCAGUUAAAGAGAUUCCAGUUUCUGCAGAGUACUGCUGAUGUGGACAGUCACCUGCAUGUCGAGCCCAAAAAAAGCAAAGUGAAAGUAGCUGUUCUCAUCUCUGGAACAGGUACAAACCUUGCAGCACUUAUCACAUAUGCAAAAGAACCAGCAAGCUGUGCACAGAUAGCUCUUGUCAUCUCUAACAAGUCUGGAGACGUGGAAGAAUUGAGAAAUGCAGCCCGGGCUGGGAUUCCCACCAGGGUAGUUGACCAUAAAUUGUAUGGAAGCCGCUCUGAAUUUGACUGCACAAUUGACAGAGUCCUUGAAGAAUUCUCUGUUGAACUGAUCUGUCUCGCAGGAUUUAUGAGAAUUUUAUCCAGUGCUUUUAUCAGAAAGUGGAAUGGAAAAAUUUUGAACAUUUGUCCAUCACUAUUACCUUCAGUCAAAGGGGGAAAUGCCUAUAAGCAGGUGCUACAAGCAGGAGUCAAAGUCACUGGCUGUACAGUACAUUUUGUGCUUGAGGAAGCUAAUACAGGAGCAAUAAUUCUCCAGGAACCUGUCUCUGUGAACACAGAUGAUACCGAGGAGACCUUGUUGGAAAGGGUGAAAGAAGCAGAGUGCCGAGCCUUUCCCAUUGCCUUGCAGCUGGUCGCCAGUGGAGUGGUGCGACUAGGAGCAGAUGGUAAAACCUGCUGGAAACAAGGAACCCAUAGCUUGACUCAUUAUGAAAAGCAAGAUUGCAUUUCCUCCAGUACUACGCUGUAG